GGCUCGGCGGGCCGUAGCGCGCUCGGACGCUCGGACGAGCGAGGGGCGGCGACCCCUCGCGGACGCCCGGCCGCGUGCCGGACCGGGCACUCACCCUCUCGCUCCCCCUUGCGCGCGCCCCGCGCCCUCCAGCGCGCCGGCGGGACCAUGAAGAAGUUCUCUCGAAUGCCCAAGUCGGAGGGCGGCGGCGGCGGCGGUGGAGCGGCGGGUGGCGGGGCCGGCGGGGCCGGGGCCGGCUCUGGUAGCUCGUCCGUGGGGGUCCGGGUGUUCGCGGUUGGCCGCUACCAGGUCACCCUGGAGGAGUCACUGGCCGAAGGUGGAUUCUCCACAGUUUUCCUGGUGCGGACUCAUGGUGGACUCCGCUAUGCAUUGAAGCGAAUGUAUGUCAAUAACGCGACAGACCUCAACAUUUGUAAAAGGGAAAUUACAAUUAUGAAAGAGCUGUCUGGUCACAAAAAUAUCGUGGGUUAUUUGGACUGUACUGUUAAUUCAAUUAGUGAUAAUGUAUGGGAAGUGCUUAUCUUAAUGGAAUAUUGUCGAGCUGGGCAGGUAGUGAAUCAGAUGAAUAAGAAGCUGCAGACAGGUUUUACAGAACCAGAAGUGUUACAGAUAUUCUGUGAUACCUGUGAAGCUGUUGCAAGGUUGCAUCAGUGUAAGACUCCAAUAAUUCACCGGGAUCUGAAGGUGGAAAAUAUUUUGUUGAAUGAUGGUGGAAACUAUGUACUUUGUGACUUCGGCAGUGCCACAAAUAAAUUUCUUAAUCCUCAGAAAGAUGGAGUUAAUAUAGUAGAAGAAGAAAUUAAAAAGUAUACAACUCUGUCAUACAGAGCCCCUGAAAUGAUCAACCUUUAUGGAGGGAAACCUAUCACCACCAAGGCUGAUAUCUGGGCCCUGGGAUGUUUGCUGUAUAAACUUUGUUUCUUCACUCUUCCUUUUGGUGAGAGUCAGGUUGCUAUCUGUGAUGGCAGCUUCACCAUCCCAGACAAUUCCCGUUACUCCCAUAACAUACAUUGUUUAAUAAGGUUCAUGCUUGAACCGGAUCCAGAAUGUAGACCUGAUAUAUUUCAAGUGUCAUAUUUUGCAUUUAAAUUUGCCAAAAAGGAUUGUCCAGUCUCCAACAUCAAUAAUUCUCCUAUUCCUUCAGCUCUUCCUGAACCGAUGACUGCUAGUGAAGCAGCUUCUAGGAAAAGCCAAAUAAAAGCCAGAAUAACAGAUACCAUUGGACCAACAGAAACCUCAAUUGCACCAAGACAGAGACCAAAGGCGAAUUCUACUACUGCCACUCCUAGUGUGCUGACCAUUCAAAGUUCAGCAAUACCUGUUAAAGUCCCAGUUCCUGGUGAAUUCAGUAACCACAGACCAAAAGGAGCGCUGAGACCUGGAAAUGGCCCUGAGAUUUUACUGGGUCAGGGGCCCACUCAGCAGCCUCCACAGCAGCAUCGAGUACUUCAGCAGCUACAGCAGGGAGACUGGAGAUUGCAGCAGCUUCAUCUGCAGCAUCGUCAUCCUCAGCAGCAGCAGCUACUUCAGGAUGCUUAUAUGCAGCAGUAUCAACAUGCAGUGCAACAGCAGCAGAUACUUCAACAACAGUUUUUAAUGCAUUCAGUAUAUCAGCCGCAACCUUCCGCAUCACAGUAUCCUACAAUGAUGCAGCAGUAUCAGCAGGCUUUCUUGCAGCAGCAAAUGCUAGCUCAACAUCAGCAGUCUCAACAACAGGCAUCACCAGAAUAUCUCACUUCCCCUCAAGAGUUCUCACCGGCCUUAGUGUCCUACACUUCAUCACUUCCAGCUCAGGUUGGAACCAUAAUGGACUCCUCUUAUAGUGCCAAUAGGUCAGUUGCUGAUAAAGAGGCAGUUGCAAAUAUUACAAAUCAGAAGAACAUCAGUAACCCACCUGAUAUGUCAGGGUGGAAUCCUUUUGGAGAGGAUAAUUUCUCCAAGUUAACAGAAGAGGAACUGUUGGACAGAGAAUUUGACCUUCUAAGAUCAAACAGGCUCGAGGAGAGAGCAUCCUCAGAUAAGAACGUAGAGCCACUUUCUGCUCCACAGAACCAUCCUCCAGAAGAUCCUUUUGGUUCUGUUCCUUUCAUUUCUCACUCAGGUUCUCCUGAAAAGAAAGUUGAACAUUCAUCCAUGAAUCAAGAAAAGAGCACUGCAAACCCUAUCAAGAAUACAAAAGCAAGCCCAGUAUCUAAAGACCACCGGACUGGAAAGAAACCCUCAGAGAAUCCAUCGGUACCCGGUCCAGUGCAGAAGGGGAACGAUGAAUCCGAGAGUGAUUUUGAGUCGGACCCCCCUUCUCCUAAGAGCAGCGAAGAGGAAGAGCAAGAGGAUGAAGAAGUUCUUCAGGGAGAACAGGGAGAUUUUAACGAUGACGACACGGAACCGGAAAACCUGGGUCACAGGCCUCUGCUUAUGGAUUCUGAAGAUGAGGAAGAAGAAGAGAAACACAGCUCCGAUUCGGAUUACGAGCAGGCCAAAGCCAAGUACAGCAGCGCAAGCCCGGUCUACAGAGACCCAGCUGGCAGUGCAGCGAUCCAGGACCCUAGUGCAGCACUGCUCACGCCCACGCAGUUACCCUCGGACGUCGGAGCGGGGACUCCCAGACCGGAGUUCGAUGUCUUCGGCGCUGUCCCCUUCUUUGCUGCGCGUGCUCAACAGCCCCGCCAAGGGGAGCCGGAGCAGGACCCCUGUCCCCAGAGCCGGCUUCCCGCCGCGGGGCUGGAGCCGGAGGAGUUCGAUGUCUUCACAAAGGCGCCCUUCAGCAAGAAGGUGCCCGUGCCCGACGCGCCCGCUCUCCCCGCUUGUCCGCAGAGUGUGGAUAUAUUUGGCUCCACUCCGUUCCAGCCCUUGCCCGCAUCAGCAAGUAAAAGCGACAGCAACGAGGACCUUUUUGGGCUGGUGCCCUUUGAGGAGAUAACCGGCAGUCAGCAGCAAAAAGUCAAGCAGCGCAGCUUGCAGAAACUGUCCUCCCGCCAGAGGCGCACGAAGCAGGAGGCGGCCAAGAGUAACGGGAAGCGGCACCACGGCACGCCCACCGGCGCCAAAAAGCCGGCCAAGCCCGCCUACCGCACCCCAGAGAGGGCCCGCAGGCACAAGAGGGUGGGCCGCCGGGACUCCCAGAGCAGCAAUGAAUUUCUGACCAUCUCGGACUCCAAGGAGAACAUCAGCGUUGCCCUGACCGACGGGAAGGACAGAGGGCAUGUCCUGCAAGCCGAUGAGGGUCUGUUGGACCCCUUUGGGGCCAAGCCGUUCCACCCUCCGGACCUGCCGUGGCACCCCCCGCAUCAGGGCCUGAGCGACAUCCGUGCCGACCACAACCCCGUCCUGCCCGGGCGGCCCAGGCCGAAUUCACUCCACGGGUCGUUCCCCGGGGCAGAUGCGUUGAAAAUGGAUGAUUUUGGUGCCGUGCCCUUUACAGAACUCGUGGUGCAAAGCGUCACCUCACAUCAGUCCCAACAGGCCCAGCCAGUCGAACUGGACCCAUUCGGUGCUGCUCCGUUUCCUUCUAAACAGUAGAUAACUUCUGACGGACUCUUCUUAUUAACUCCUGUUUCAAAGAAAAAAGUAUGAAUAGUUUUAUGAAUUUGAAAGAAAAUUUAUUUGUAUAGCUCUUUAUAUCAUUCAUUCUUACAGGUCAAUCAGCAUAGGUGAUUUUUAAAUAAACCAAAUAGAAAAAGGAAGUAUCUGCACAGGGUAGCAACUCCACGUCUCUUGCACGCAGGAGCAAAGGGAGCGAAAUGGCAAGCUCUAACCUGGGGUUUCAGCUGCAGACGUGAAGGCACAGAAACCCAGGGGACGCGUGUGGGCCCUUUGCAGUCGUGUGGUCCCUGAGAAGGGACUGGGACGCUGCGGCUUUAUGUUUGUAACAGAAUGCCACUUCUGUGUGCGUAUCCGAGGCUCGUUCCAGAAUCCAGCAUUUGAAACUAAGGUGGUUUGUACAUACACAAGUUGCAUUCGUGGAUUUUUUUUUAAGGUCUCUUCUAAUUUCCACAUUGGGGGAAAAAAAAAAUCCACUUCUCAUAAAGAAUGAGAAAGUUAUUAUCUGGAGAGUGCAGAGAUUUUAGUCCUUACACCGUUCUCUACAAGGCGGAGCCAGAGGUCACUGACUGUUGUGCCUAAAACUGUUUCAUUUAAAAAAACAAGUGCCAUUAAUAUGGAAUAUCUAUGUAGACACCUUGAACAAAAACUAAAGAGAGAUA